GAAAGAAAUACUUUGUAUCCGCGAAAGAACAGUCCCUCUUGAACGAUCAUUCGUCUUUCCGCAUUUCUCUUUUUCUCCUUAAAAUCGAUCGCCGCCUCUCCUAUUCCUAUUGAACGUUUGCAAGAUUCACCCGGGAAAAUCUAUAAAUACAAAUGAUUACGCAACAAAUUCAUUGCGUUGUUAAGAAAAUUACAGCUUUAAUUUCAAUGCAAUCCUUCGAAAAAAUUUCCAAAAAACCCCGAUCGAAGGUUCGUUUCUCGGAUAUCUACCUUCCAAUUUUUUUUUAUUAUUAUUAUCAUUAAUAGAAUUCUUUCCCGUAGAAAAAGAUUGAAUCUAAAUUCAACCGUAAGGAUGAAUUCAAGCGGCGAAAUAGUAGUUUUAAACGAAUGCGAUACGACGUACGAAAUUGAUUUCGCCUUUCGAGUUAAACACGCGCGUAGAAAUCUGAUCGUUUUUCCCGCGGGACACCCGUUAGAAUUUCAAUCAGAGUGAUGCGUCGAUCUAAGACUGCCUUUCCAGGCAAACAUCGCCGGUUACUGACAGAAGAGGUGUACUUGGCUAGUCAGAUGCGCACACCAAGGAUGCACGUAGGUGUACGUAAGCGCAUUUUACCAUAGACGACCAGGUGAGUGUGCAUGCACCUUUCACUAGCGGAAGUGAACAGCUGAGACACAACGCGUGAGAGCGACCCGGGUCAUCAUCCAUGCUUCUUUUUCUUUUUUUUUUUUUUUUUUGCGCUAGCCUUCUUCCAUCGAUCCAUGCAUUUAUCGAUCCCGGAUUAUUUAUAAUCCAUUCGUAUCGGAUAAUUAUCUAUCGUUCGUCAUUUGAUCGGCUGUCUUUUGUUCCCGUCCGUUCCUCUCCGAUUCCUAAGAGAAAUAUCUAUGUAUUCGUGCGAGAGAUUAUAAUAUACAUCUCCUCUGGGAAUAGGAAGCUUAUACGUUCGAUAUAUUCAUUAUUAUACGAUGUGAUUGGAAUCUCAUAAUAAAACUUACAUAAUACAUCGAUAAAGAAUGCCUGAAAACUAUCGAUAAUGAUUGUGCAUAGAAAUGAUGGUUAUUAAGAAUCGUCGACGAUUUAAUUUAUUAAUAAGUUAGUUAGUCAGUUUGAUAAAAGAUGUGAAAAAUUGAAAAUCUAUGAUCCUCGUGGACUACGAGAAGAACUGUGUGCAUAAUCGCGGUGCGAUAAAUCAUACGUCGGUGUGUUUGUAUCAGAUGUGAUAUACGCGAUAAACCUAGUGCACGUGUCACAUUUCCCCGUUGAAUUACGGUUGAAUAACGGAACACGUUUGAUGAAUAUUAACAAGGUUUUUGUUGCAAUUUAACGCGAGACAUUCUUGAAUGACACGUAUUCGUUCAUAAAGCAGAGAGACGCCUUGAACGCGUCUCUGAAACGAAUCUUGGACGGCACAGAAAUCUCCGGCGACAACUUCACCACUUCUUUUCUUAUCACAACUUUCUACGCGAUUUGCGCGAGAGUAUAAACCAUUACGUGAAACGAUCCACCAUUGGACUAGCGGGAAACCAUCCUCACCGAUCAUACACACUCUCGAUACAUCGACAGAGGAAUCGAGCGCUACCUUCUCCUCUCGUCAACAAGACACGCGAAAUCACCGAAGAUCACGAAAUCAAACUACCUCUCUCUCUCACUCUCUUCCGUAUCAAACGGUUGUCCCAAAUUACAAAUCGUGAUUGAUCACCAGCGCGGAUCACCUCUCGUAUUUCCUCGUGAACCCGACAAUUUUCGAUGUUUCGCACGGGUUCCUCGUCGUGAUCUGCCCCCUUCUUCACAGGAAGAAGGAAGUGCGCGAGGCUCGAUCUCGGUUUAAACGAGGUUCGAUGAGGCAAACGCGUGGGAUGAGCCUGCUGGUGAAACUCGAGCGUCGUUCAAGCGACCUCUGCAAAGGUCGCUACUCCGUGCCUUUUACGAAGAAAGCGAUCCGAUAAAGAGCGACCCCCCUCUGAUAAUUGCAUUCAUUCUCUGGGAUCGUUACGUUCCUAGGACGUUUCUCAAACAUCGCUUUCUUGCUUCGAAACCGUUGUUACUUACGAGCGACAAUUAUUCCUAUCUCAAUUCUCGUCGAUUAAACCAGAUAAUUGACAAUCGUCUGUCGAGGGAACGGUUGAUCACGCGUGGUUACGCGAUAACGUUUACGUAAAGAAGAAAGAAGUAGAGAUAAAUUAAGUGUGUGCAAAUGACGUGACGCGAAGGUGGUAAAAGUAUGUAUAGCGGGCAUGAAAGAUGGCAAAGGAGGCAUUUUAAUGGACGUUACGCCGUGCCAAAUAAGCAUUUUGAGCCGGAAAGGAAAGCGACGAGAUUAAAACGGUGCCAAGCUGAUUAGAAAGAAGCGAAAGGAGAGAAACAACUAAUUCCCCCUACACGCUUGACACUUUGAGCCGCGUAGCAGGGACAAUAAUGAAUUCCUUAAAUUCGCGAAACAGUGUCAAAAAUCUCGUGAAAUUAACGGUAUCGCACAAUCCAACCAUCGAUCUCGUAUAAUGGCUGCAGUAAAAGCGGAGGAAUGAAAUUCUUGAAUAAAUUAACACAUCUCUCUUUCCUUCUUAAAAGACAAAUUUGCAAUUAUAAUUUUAUACUUGGUCCCGCGAUAAGAUUUAAAAUAUGACGAAAUUUAUUGAUCUUAACAAAAAUAAUAGUGUUAUAUUUCUCGAGAAAUAUCGAACUCGAUUAUCGUUAUCUAUCAUUUCGAUCGAUCUUUUAAUCAUCGAACAUAAAAGUCUAUUAUUUAUACUCUUUAACUCGUUUUCUAACGAAAGAUAUUUUCAAACGAAGUGUUCUUCUUCGUUUCUUUUUUAAUUCCUCCUCUUAAUUACGACCCUAAAUUACUUCAAAAAAAAGUAUCAAUUAAACAUUAUAUAAGACGAUAAUUUUUCAAGCCUGUUUAGUAACAAAAUUGAGGAAACUUUGCCUCGAGGAAAGUAGCUCGGGUAAUUGCCGCCAUUCUCUUUUCUAAUCAAAUGAUUAAAAAAGAAAGAAAAAGAGAGAGAGAGAGAAGAGGAGAAUACCUCUGGCAAGAUCUGGUACGGAUGUUAUUAAACGGCGAUGCGAUGGGUGCUGAAAAAUUAGAUGGGUUCGCGUUCUAUCUCGACCUGGCUCGACCGGUAUAAACCAACCGGAAGAGUUUCUCCAGUUUUCACAUACCACGGUGAUAAUUAUGGGAAGAUGUUCGUGACGCUCUUCUAGGACGUUUGGCCACGGUAUUACCGGCCUUUGCCGGAUGGAUAUCAUUGUGCGAUACUGUAAUUUUUAUAUAUAUGUAUAUUGAGCGAGCACAAUCACCAUUGUAUAAGAUUCGAUACAAAUCAUUCGGGAUUUCGACGCAGCGUCGAUUAGCGAGGAAAGAAAUUUUUAUAAUUUAUGAAUGAAAAUCGGUCCGGAAGUUAUUAAUUACGACUCAACCGACGCGAAAUAAAUCCCGACGAUAUAUUCAUAUGCAAAUAAACCGACGAGGGAUUAGCUCCUUUUGUCGCGUUAUUGUAUCUUUCAUACGCUGUUUCAACGAGGAUAAAAAUUGUAUUUAUCGCUUUUUUAUUGUCGAGAAUAUAUGCCGUACCGUUGGCCUUCCGUUGGUUCGAGCAAUCCGCGAUCAACGUUUCGUUCUUAUUUCGAUAAACAUCGCAACGAUGUAACGGCCGAGAUACGCGAAGAAAAAUUCUCAUUAACGAUGUUGCGAGUUUAGCCGGGCCCUGGCUCUCACAAUAUGCCAUGCUCUCUGCCCGCUCGUAUACCAAUUUCUUCCGACGAUGAGGUCAUUUUAUAUCCUUGCCGGGUUUCACCGUGCCCGAUUACCUUAGAACGAAUCAAAUUCGUCCACUCUACGGCCACUUUCAUCACCGGAUUCCCUCUGAUGCUGCAGGUGAAACGAGCUACCAAACUUUCAUACGAGCACGGGAUAUUUUAAAUAUAAGUUUCGAAUUUUUCGAACUCCAUUCUCUUCUCGAUUAAUCGUAUAAUCGAGCAAAAGUCUUGGUGGACGUAUAAAUAAACGAUUUAAGACACGAUUUGUAUUAUGGGCACGGUUUAGUUACAGGGAAGGGAGGCAUCCUUUCUUGUGCAACGAUUAAACGCAGGCUUACUCCGUUUCCCGUAAGCAAUUUUGCGUAAUCGUACCGCCUGUCUCGGUUACCUGCACAUCGCUAACGAGUUACCACGGAUCAUUCUUUCACAGCAGCUCCCUCAAACGUAAUGAUCAUCUUAAUCGGAUCAUCUUAAAAUUUCUUUCUCUACCAGUACAUCGUGCCAGAAAAAAAAGAAGGAAGAAAAGAAAGAAAGAAAGAAAAAAAGAAAAAUUGUCCUCAAUCCGUCUUGAUUUAAUCCAAGUGACAAGAAAAAGUGUAUCCGAUUUAUCACGCAAGUGGCGCAAGAAAUCUAGUGAAAUAUAUUUGUGAAUCAUUGGAAAUUUCCAAAGUAUUGUUAAAAACGCUUAUUUUCAAUUAUUCGUUUUACCGAAGUGAAAUAUAAUUAAAUCGAUGUGCGACAAAUAUUUACGUGACUCAAAUAUUCUUAUUAGCAUGCUAAUGUGUCAAGUAUUCCACCGUUCCCGCCAUUGUUUGCUUAGUUUAUACCCAUUAUUACUAUGCAAACCUGUUACCAACGAUUCCACGAUAAGUCGAAUCGCCUCCUCGAAUCUGAUUAGAAAUAACACCACCGACAAUCGUCCCCUUCUUAACAAGUACCAAAUUUUCCCGAGUACCAUAAAUAUAAAAAUAAUUUUCCCUUCACCUUUCACUUCGAAUUCAGCCUUUCACCUCACGGUGAUUACACGCGAUUUCGUUACGAUGUUAGACUUUUUUUCGCGGGAUUCCCAUUGCGUCCUGCUCGAUCAUACGAUCAUUCUCAAGAUAAAGCGUCGAGGAAGUAUCGAGCCGCAGACAAACCGAAGCGCACAAGUUUCUAUUCCUCGAAAAAACUUCGAGAGAAUCUACGAAAUUCUUUCGCUUGCUUGGGCAAUCGAAAAAAAUCUGCUUUAUAUAAGUCGACAAAAUUUAUAUGAUUUUUUUUUUUAUCCGAAGACCAAGGCCAAACAGUAAAUGCUUUCCUUUCGAUAUUUAGGAUAUUUUCGUAAUGCAAGUUUCCCACAAAAAAAAAAGAUAGCGUGAAAGUUACGAUCUUACAUCAAAGAGACUCGUUAAUCGUUCGAAUAAACAAUUAAUAAAAAUCAUGGGAAAUUCUUAAUUAUCCCUGGGAUAGCUUUUAUCUCGCGACUCGCGAAGAAAGUUGGUGCGCAGGAUGCAUCCCAUAAAAGUUGGAUAACCGUGAAACCAAUCCUCCGGAUGAAACUCUGCAAGCCCAUAAAACACGCUGUCGACAAACGUGUUCUUUUCUCUUUUAAAGCAAUUCGAGGGAACGAUUCGAUUGUGAUCAGGCCGAUCCAUCGGGAUGGGAAUAAAAACGUAACGGACUAAACAACAGGAGGAGGAAGAGGACCGAUCUCGAGAGAAGCUGUAACGGACGAGCGAAAGUCAAGCCCCAGGCUCCACGGAUUCCCCUUCUUUCGUGCGACCCUGCAACAUUAAUAUCCGAGAAACUCGGAUGCAGCGGGAGACGUGACUCGAGGGCUCGAGAAUAUUAUACACAGUCAUCGAGAUCGACGAGCAACGGGAUGGAUCGCGGCGGCCGAUCGAGGAAAUCGAAAUUUUUGCACGCGCGUCCACCGUCCAACUAAUCCUCGCUUUAAUCCUCGACCCGGUUCUUCGAUACCCUUGCUCGACACGAUAUAUAUUUCACCGCUUGUAUCAUUCCGCGAAGUAGGUCAGCGUCUCCUCACUUUUCCUUUUCGGACACGGAGAAAGAGGAGGUGUGUGUGCGUGCGUGUGUCCCCCUCCCUCCUCCUCCUCCAGUUUGAAAAAUGUUUAACCAAUUUCACGCUCACGAUACGAGUAAUUGAUGAUUCGAGGAAAGGUAUAAUUACGAAGAAGAAUGCAAUUUGAAGGGUAUUCCCGGCCGAGGUUAAAGAUAAAGUCGUACGAUCGAUUCGUAUAUAGUUUUGUAAUGAGAUGCAAGGGGAUAUUCGACCCACCUCCGCAGCUUUGGCUUUCUCUCGUACAAUUCGUUUAAAAUAUACCUGGAUAAAUUGCCGUGCAAGAAACGGCAAGAUACAUAGUAAAUACAUUGCAACAAGCUAUUUAUCGUUCUUUAUCGUUCAGAUUCGAUGUCCACCGUUCGAAUAUCGGAACCUCCGCUCCAAUCUCGGUAUAUAUACACCGAUGCGUAUUACUCGGCCGUUUAAUAAAGAUGAAAUAACGAGUCACGGGACAAUGUUUUAUCAGAAAAAUUUCAGAUGAAAUGUGAACCGAAUAAAAAAAGAAAAAAAGAAAAUACUCGAGGCAAAUAAACACGAAGAUAACUCCGUGUGGAUUUAAAUUAAAUUAUCCACGCAAAGCGUUGAUCGAUGGUAUUUUUUUCUCAAAGAAACAGCAUCUUAACUCAGAUACAUAUACGUGUAACGUGUAUACGUGUAUGCGCAUACACGUUUCGUAACGCUGCAAUUUUACCCGAUACGACUUCCCUUAUUACGAAUUAAAAAAUCGACAAGAGGAACAAGAAAACGUCUAAUUUCCUGUUUUCCUCGUCGAUAAUUUAUCCUUUAUCGAUACGUAAGAUUUACGAAAUGCAUACACAACUGCUUUUCCAAGUGAGAAACGAAUCGCACUCCCGUUACAAUCGAACGUUCUCUUAGAACGAGAAAAGGCUAACGUAACCACGAGUGGAGUGCGCGCGAGCGAAGGACGCACCGGAAAUGGCGCGAACCCGGUGAACAUAGGCGAAGGAAGAGGCGAAGGAUGACAGGAACAUCGGAUCGGAUCGUAUCAAGAAGUGGGUCGAGAGUUCACGAGCCGCGUAAUUAAAUUCUACGACGAAGAAAGCGUUUUCCCAUUCGUUUCGUGGCCACCAUCACUUUUGCACGGACCUACGAUUGUUGGACAACCGUAUUCGAAAUCGUCUGAUCAUUAUUUUGCAUUUAACCGUGCGUGCAUCUUUGCAGAUUUAUCUGCAGUCAACGCCUGUUGACCGGGCGAAACGAAUAGCAAAAAGGUUACGCGAGGAACCUACACGAGGACCGAUGGCAGUCGGCCACGUUACUUUUCUUCCUGAUACUCUCCUCUUGGAGAUCAGUAGUCGACCAUCUAACGGGUGCCUUCGAGGUUACGUUCGAUAACUGCGAAUACACGUCUUUUUCUCGUGUUACGUAAAAUGGGCACAAAGAAUUAAUGACGUCUCCUGUUAAUGAUCUCACGAGUUUCGUAGAAUCACGGUUCACUGCUCGGACGAAUUUUGAAAUCGUUUUUAUCGUUUAGCCCGCUGGAAUACUGGUCGACACGAAGUUGUGUAAAAAUAGAGCGAUAGAUUAUUUAACAGAUUUAAAGUGAAAAUGAAAUAUCGCUGCUUCCUGUGCUCUAAAAACGAAACGGGUUCGACGAGAAUACGCGGAAAUUGGUUAUGAGAUAUCCGUUCCGAGGCUUGAAUUGAUUAGUCGUAUUAUCGAACGAGAUAUUCGAGUGAAAUUUUCCUUAUAGAAAAACGGAUAAAGGGAAAUUUUAUCCGAUUAAUCCACGCAGAAUCUAGAGAUUUGCGUUUAAACGGAAGAAAAUUAAAAUUAUUCGAGAAUCCAGCAACUUUUCCUUUAGUUAUAUUUGUUCAAGCAUAAGUAAUAUUUGUAUUCCUUGAAAUGCAUGCAUCGUUUAUUAUUCAAUCUAAUAGACGGCUAGUCGAUGAAGAUAUCAGUAGAAUACAAAUAGAAAUUUUAACAAGAUUUGGUACCAUCGAUUCGUACUUAACACGCAUCGUACGAAUCGAUCGAUCUCGAAUUAGAACUUGGACGAUUACGCCAGAAGUUUGAGGACAACAUACAAACAAUCUUUUCGCAACCAGAUUUACAAACUAGGUUUAUCGUGAAAAGGAAAAAAGAAAAAAAAAAAAAGAAGAAUAAAACAACGAAAUAUCAAAAUUGUCCAAUAAUUGAACAAUUUCGUAGAAAUUUCUUCGAAAAACUUAUUGCGUCACACAAACUUAUUACGAAGAAAGGAACCGGGCCAAGAUCGAACCAAGUUUUACGAUCGACUUCAAAGAUUUUGUGAAAUCAUCCGAUGACUUCGUAUGUGUAGCAAGAGUCUAGGUCUAGGACGCAACUUGGGAUGGCUAUCGUGACGAGAAGAAGAAGAAGAACGGUUUCGCAACCGUUUGGAUCGUCCAAAUUCGGCUAUUCCCGAAGGCAGAGGGUCGAGGAAUCGGUGGACGAGCGAGGAGGAUGAGGCUAGGUGUAUCGUUCGUCGGAGAGAGAGAGAGACGAACACAAUUGAAAGGACAGAGGGGUGGCGCGGAGAGAGAGGGGAAGAGAGAAUCGUCUCACAGCUGAAUUACUCUCACUCGAGAGGCCCCCGUCUCUUCUUCUACGUGGGGGCUUCAAGUAUCCCCCUGCUUCUCGUGGAGUAUAAAGGACCCUGGUCUACCUUGCACAGAGUCACAGAACAGAGCGGCAUCGCAGAAGCCGACAUGAAUCCUCUGAUCGCGUGUAUAAUAGUCGGUCUAGCAGGGUUCGCCCUCGCGGAGCCACCGUCCGGCUACAGCUACAGCAGACCAUCAGGGGGUGGUUAUUCCUUCGGCGGUGGUGGUGGUGGCGGCGGUGGUUUCUCGCACGGCGGGGGUGGUGGAUAUACCUCGGUGUCCACCGGCUAUCAAACCAGCGAGGGAGCAUCCAUCGACGGCGCGUUGCUCGAGCAGAUCCGUCAGAUACUCCUGAGGGAGGAGCAGAACAGCGGAUUCGGAGGAGGCACCGGCGGUGGUUACGCCCCUAGCUCGAGCUACGGCGCUCCAUCCUCCCAAUAUGGUGUACCAAGCUCAUCCUACGGUGUACCGAGUUACCAGACCCGCGUGGUAGGCAUCGAUCUCGAUGGAAUCAGGCAGGCCAUCCAGGUGGCCCAGUUCAACCAAGUGAGCCAUGCGCCCGGCGGCUAUCCAAGCGGCCCGAGCGGAAGCUACGGGGUACCGAGCAGACCAAGCGGUAGCUACGGUGCACCGUACUAAAUGCGGAUCAUCGGACUAUACAAUGCGGAUUGGAUGAUGGGAGAGUGAGAGAGAGGGAGAGAAAGAGAAGGAGCGAAAGGGAGAGAGCGAGUGGAGACACCGCGUCGGCCACCGCGAUUAUCUUCCGAGCUGACACUCGAUCAACGAAAGCAAGAGGAAGGAGAAGCAGGAUUGCUACAGUCGAUCGAUAGUAAGAUCUUUUUUCCAAACGAGAUGCACGAAUUCUUCCCCAACCUUCCGCUCGGAAGAUGGUCGUAAGACGGAUAAAUCGUUAAGAAGAAUAUUAGAAGAUGGAAAGAUUAUUUUCAAACACGAAUAUCGUGGUCGUUCGACGUUUUCAGGAUUCUCAGGGGGGAGGGGAGAGAAAAAUAAAGGACGAAAAUAAGAUCACAAAGGAUGUACGUACAAGGUAACAUCGAGCAGGGAUUCCAAAGGAUCCUGUUUCGUUGAAAUCAAAUCGUCGUCGCUUCAACGGGCCAUGAUCCUCGAAGGAAUCGCGGGCGUGCGUGCUAAAGGGCAAGUACGAAAGCUCCAGGUCUUUGACUCGUUGAGGAAUAAAAAGGUCGUCGCUUCAACGGGUCAGGGCUCGUGGAGUGAACUUGAAACGGUUCGAACGACCGGCUACUAGAUUUAACGAUCCGAGAGUCGACGGGGUGUCGUUUCGUUUAUCGUACCAAAAUCGUCGUCGUCGCGGUCGGAUCCACGAGGGAUCUAACGUACCAAGUGAUAAAAAAUGAGCUGUCGCAAAAAGAAAAAAGAAAAAAAAAAAGAAAAGAAAAGGAAAAAAAAAGAAGAGAAACAAACUACUAUAGAAAACGAUCUCAAAAGAGAUUCAAUGUUACCAUCAUUCGUUAUGACUUCGAAAUGGCACAUAGCCGUGGUGCCGGAGCCGAAGUCGAAGCCGUGAUCGGCGCAUAGAAGCGCCUUGUAAAUACAAUUUACACGCUUUCCACAGCGUACGCUACGUCAUCCAAGAGUACGAGGAGGAACUGAACGCGUACGUCAUCGAAUCUGGCCUAACAGUUAUUCCAAGAAAGAUCAAUGAUGCCUAACGUAUUGAAUAAUUAAAAAAAGAAAAGAAAAGAAAAGAAAAGAAUUAAAAGGAUUGAAAGAAAAUGAAAAUCGAGAAACGUAGCGGACGCUGACACAAAUAUACACGUAAACACACAGAUACAUUAUAUUUUUUAUAUGUCUUAAACGCUACUCCUUAACCACGCAUUUUUUUAUACUUGUAUAAAGGCUUUUUUGUAGAAAAAAAUAAAAAAAAACGUCGCCACCGUUGAAACAA